GUUAGCCAUUCCUACUUGAUACUUUCCACUUGUAGAGAUGGGUGCUGUGCCUAUACUAUUUUUAGAUUAUUUAAAGGGAUCUAAGCAUAGAUCGUUAUUUGUCUCCCACUUGUAACAGUGAUGCCAUUAUGCAAACUGGUAAAGCACAACAAAAUUUGGAAAAACUGAGGAGGAAAAUCUAAUUAUCGACAUUGGUUGCGGGUUAACGGGUAGAUUAGAUUCAGUCGCCAUUUGCAAUGUCGAUACUGCGGUCGGCAUUCACAAAAACAGACAAUCUAAGCGUCUUACACCAUUCCUGUGUAAACAGUGAAUGAUUUUCGAAAGAAACAGACCACCAACGCCGGUUGCAACAAAAAACAUUCAGCAAGAAGCUAACCUAAAUCUGUAACCGCCAAGAUGUCUAAACGCCAUGCAGAAGAAACCACCAGCGCUGGCCAACCGGCUAUUAAGCGAAUUCACUUUGAACCUCACCUCAUCGGCCCGGUAUCGACAUUGGAAGAAAUGGAUAUAAAAGUCCUUCAGUUCCAGAACAAAAAACUCGCUCAGCGCAUCGAGCAGCGGCUUCGCACCGAGUCCGAACUCCGACAGCGAAUCGAACAACUAGAAAAGCGUCAAAUGCAGGACGAUGCCGUGCUGAACGUCGUGAACAGAUACUGGAAUCAGCUUAACGAGGAUAUCCGUGUUUUACUGCAGAGAUUUGAUGCAGAAACCUCGGAUGAAUCGGAAAACAAAAACGAGAAUGAGGCAACCACCUCGUUUUUAACCCAACUGUCUACGUGGGAUAAAGAGGAAUUGGAUGACAAACUGGCUAACCGUGUACAAGUUUCCAAGCGGGCCGUUGCCAAAGUAAUUCAGGCUUUUGAUCGUCUCAUGCAGAGGAAUGAAAAAAUUACGUCGGUACUUAAAGGCGAAUUGGAAGGACAGGAGGCUCCGACAAUAGACGAAGUUGUAAGAAACGCAAACAUCGACGCACAAGCUGAAAAUCGUAACUUACAAGCUUUGAACACCUCUCUACACGAAAAGUACCACACCAUUAGUUUAAAAAUGUCGGAACUACAAGAUUCCGUUACAGCUAAAGAGACCGAAACGGCCGAAUUAAAGAACCAAAUUGACGAUUUGCAGUAUGAAUUGGAAAAAGUUCGUUGCCGCAAUGACAAAUUGGAGAAUCAUCUUGCAGAAGCGAUCGAAAAGUUAAAGACGUAUCAUCAGCUACAUGGAGAUCAAGAGAAAGAUACAACCCAACAGGUCAAGCCAACUAUUCAAUCUGGCGUUUCUCAGGCUAAACUGGAGGAUUUAACUAAAGAAGUUGAGGAGUGGAGGGAGUUAGCUAACAAUCGUCUGCAGGAAUUGGAUAAGUUACACCAACAGCACAGGGAAACUCUCAAGGAGGUGGAAAAAUUGAAAAUGGAUAUUCGUCAGCUGCCCGAAAGUGUCAUUGUUGAAACCACCGAAUAUAAAUGUCUGCAGUCUCAGUUUUCAGUACUUUAUAAUGAGUCGAUGCAACUUAAGACGCAACUUGACGAAGCGAGGCAGCAAUUGCAGUCGAGCAAAAACGCGCAUUUACGUAACAUAGAAAUGAUGGAGAGUGAAGAAUUGAUGGCUCAGAAGAAGCUGAGGCAAGAGGUCAUGCAACUUGAAGAUCUCUUGGCGCAGUUGCGUAAGGAGUACGAAAUGUUGCGAAUUGAGUUUGAACAAAAUUUGGCUGCCAAUGAGCAGACUGGGCCGAUCAAUAGGGAGAUGAGGCAUCUUAUUACAUCACUACAAAAUAAUACGACACAAUUGAAGGGGGAGGUGCAUAGAUACAAGAGGAAGUAUAAGGAGGCCAAUGCUGAAAUUCCAAAGCUACGAAAAGAGAUAGAAGAGUUGAAUACCAAAUUAAGCGUACAGCAGACUGCUUGCCAAGAUAGUAAAGAAAAUAUUAAGCAGGAGAUUAAGGAGGAGGAAAGUACAAGUGGUGAAACUAUGCAGAUCAAAGAGGAGUCUGCCAAUGCCUCUUGUAUCAAGAAAGAAGGCGAGGAAGAGGUCGAGGUUACAGAAGAACAAGAAGGUGAUAAAGACAAAGGAACGGGUGCCUCUUCAUCGCCUACGUCUAAGAAAGACGGAGCAGUGAAACAAGACAAAGGAGCGGUAAAAAAAGACCCGGGAGUUAAAACCGACAAAGACCAUCGCGACGCUCAGAGAACCAAAGAAGCAAAAAUUUUGGAAAAUGAAGUGAUACGAGAUCUGAAAGCACAGUUGAAAAAAGCGUUAAACGAACAAAAAGAAAUGAAGCUUCUGUUAGACAUGUAUAAGGGAGUCAGCAAAGAACAAAGAGAUAAGGUUCAGUUAAUGGCAAUGGAGAAAAAGCUUCGUGGGGAAAUAGAAGACAUGCGACAACAGCUUAAAAAGAUGCAGUUCUAUUUUCAGGAGAGCAAGAGAGAGGAGAGAAAGAAGUUGGCCGACGACGAAGCGCUACGCAAAAUUAAACAACUGGAAGAGCAAAAGUACGAGUUGCAGAAACAGGUUCAAUCGCAGAAACCGAUUGAGGGCAAUUGGCCCAAUCAUACUGCUUUGCACCAAAUGCGGCCCUUCGUGGGAUCACUCGAGGAGGAGGCCUUGUUAAACGAAAUGGAAGUUACAGGCCAAGCGUUUGAGGACAUGCAGGAGCAGAACUCGAGACUGAUUCAGCAACUUCGCGAGAAAGACGACGCGAAUUUUAAGCUUAUGACCGAACGUAUCAAAUCAAACCAGUUACAUAAGCUAGCGCGUGAGGAAAAAGAUGUACUUAAGGACCAGGUUGGCACUUUGACUACACAAGUUGAUUCUGCAAACGUUGUUGUACGAAAAUUGGAGGAGAAAGAACGAAUCUUGCAGAAUACGCUUGCAACAAUUGAAAAGGAAUUAUCUUUGCGACAACAGGGCAUGGAAAUGCAUAAGCGAAAAGCCAUAGAAUCUGCACAGUCUGCUGCUGAUUUAAAGUUACAUUUAGAAAAAUACCAUUCUCAAAUGAAAGAAGCUCAACAAGUAGUCGCCGAAAAGACAAGUUCAUUGGAAGCAGAAGCCUACAAAACAAAACGUCUUCAGGAAGAAAUAGCGCAACUAAAACGUAAAGUGGAAAGAAUGAAAAAGAUGGAGAUGGCGGGCACUACCCUCGACGAGGUGAUGAUGGAAGAAAUUCGGGAGUACAAGGAGACCUUAACUUGUCCAUCGUGCAAAGUGAAGAGGAAAGACGCAGUAUUAUCGAAAUGUUUUCACGUAUUUUGUUACGAUUGUCUCAAAACCCGAUACGAAACUAGGCAGAGGAAGUGUCCCAAGUGCAAUUGUGCAUUUGGUGCGAAUGAUUAUCAUCGUCUUUAUUUGUCCAAUUAAUUUAAUAGUUAAUUUAAAUUACUUUUUUUAAUUUUAGUACCUACUAUGUAACAUGAAACAAUAAAAAACAUUAAAGUUUA